GUGCAGGUACAAGAGAAAAAGGAAGAGGGUGCAUCUGAGGAGACGCUGAUCACACCGGAAGACAAGAUUGAGGCAAUCGAUGAAGUAUCCACGGAGAGUUCGAUUCAUCCGUGUUUGCGGGAGAUAGAGAUCAGCGAUUCCCAACUAAAAUUAGUGAACCCGUACACGGUGUAUCCGGUUCCGGAUGACCCCGGAUUGCUGCCAGCUUUUUGGGUGCUACAUGAACGACCACCAAUUUACAGUCCGGACGGCGUGCAGGCGUUCCAUGACGCAGUGAAACGUUGGGGCUUGAGAUCGAUCAGUUCAUUCAAGAACAUGCUUGUAACCGAUGAAGUAAAUUUGCGAUAUUAUGGAAUAGAAUCACGAACUAUGAGAGCGAUUUGCGAAGCUUUGACGAACAAUACUUUCGUACAGAAAGUAGAUCUCAAGGAUAAUAAGUUGUCUACAGAUGCAUGUAGAUAUCUAAAUGAUUUACUACUUAAAAACAACCAGAUAGUCAGUUUAUCAUUGUCAGGUUGUCGAAUUGGCGCGGCUGGCGCAGAAAAAUUACGUGAUGCAAUAUCGGCAAACAAAUGUCUGAAGAUGCUCGAUCUCAGCAAGUGUGAUCUUGGAAAUGAAGGCUUUGAACACAUAGCGAUUGCAUUAAUCGAUAAUGAAGACGUGGAAGACGUUAAUUUAUCGCACAAUCAAUUGGAUGAACCGUGUUCUGAAAAUUUACGAGAUCUUCUUGCGCGCUCGUAUACCUUAAAGCAUUUGGAUUUAUCUUGGAACUCCCUGUAUAGCGCUAAAACUUGGAAGACUCUCAUCCACGGAUUCGACAAGAACAAUACACUACUUUCUCUAAACUUAUCUUGGAAUUCGCUUGGAACAGAAUGCUUGCCCAAUUUGUGCAGAUUAUUAUCACGUUCGCAAAGUAUCGAGAAGUUGGAUUUCAGUUCAAACAGGUUUAUCGAAACGGAUGCUACAGCGAUUGCAAAAGCUUUGUCGAAAAAUAGAAUAUUGCAAGAAUUGUACAUGGGAAACAAUCCUAUCAAAGCGCAAGGAGCUUUGGUUCUUGUCCGUGCAAUCACUCCUCAGCUAUCGCCCAAUAGAGUUUUACGAAUUUUGGACUUGGAAAACGUUUGGGCAAAUAAAGAUAUUCUUCAAGAAUUGGAAACACUCGAGACGCUCAAACCAUGGGUCACGAUUAAGUUGGGUGGUAUUCUGAGCAAUUAUCAGCUUCUUGGACCUAACGUUAAAAGAAUACUUUUCGAGAGAGCAAACUACGAAGCAAUGGCACCAAAACAAAAAAGACGGCAACGUAAUUUUGGCCAUUUUGUAAUGUCGCUGAAAGAUAAAAUGAUUUCGCAAGGUAUGUACAUUUGACAACAAUUCUAUUUAGACUUUUUUAUUAAUGUUUUCCGAACUAAUGAAAAGUGAAACAACUCGUAUAUAUUUCAAAGGAUUUAAAAAAAACGUAUUUUUGUAGAAAAAUUUAUGGAACUAGUACGGAAGUUUAAGCUAAAGCUUUCGAAAUCGCUCAUCAAUGAAAUUAUGAACGUAUUCGAAGGACCGAAGAAUACUGUCGAUCAAGGAUUGUUAAAAUCAUCUUAUUUAAAAGAAUAUCCAGGAACAACACCGGCACCAGCAAAACCGCGGAAAAGGAUCAAAGCGACUAAAUAAAAAAAACUAAGGAAGAAAAAAUAAGGAAUAAAACAGAUGGAAAUAAGAAAGUCCAAAAAUAUAGCAACUGUCAUGCAAAAUAAAGGAAAAUCUCAUUUAUCUAAAAAUUCUUUAUGAAAUAACAAAAAUACACAUAUGUCCAAAAUAUAUACAGAAAUUUCAAAUAUAAUUAUUAA